UGUCGACUUACUGCCCAGCGACCUUGACGUCUGCUCAAAAGAGGUAGAAUAGAUCCACACCGCUCGCCGACCGAGACCGUCCCGUGCAAUUGCGACGACCCCGAUCAUUCCGCAAGGACACAUGUCGACCUGCUCGGUAUCGUCGACAUCAACCUGGUGAUGGAUUCGGAUCGCGACAUGGACAUGGAUCGAGAUCGCGAUGUCGGGCCUGGAAACGCCGAGUCAUCUUCAAGCAGGUCGAGGCAGGUCCAGAGUUUGUCCGAUGUCGACCUCGAAUUGGCGUUCUUGCGAUGUCUACCUUUCGCCCGUCCAGUCGGCAAACAUCGUCAUUUCAGGAUGAUCGCCCUCCAGACCAAGAUCAGGGAUAUGACCGGCGUCGUCCUAGUGUUCGAGGAUAUCUGGGCAAAGUUGGGGGAGCUUUAUAGUCUGGACGAUUUGGAUGAGAUGGCUUCUUCCUCGGCUUCAUUCCCUUCCAGUCCUCGAACACUGUCUCCCUUGCCUCGGCACCCAAAUGAAUUCGCUUUCGAUCUCGAUUUCGAUACGAUGUUUUCGUCGGAGGAUGAAGCCGAACCACCUCCCGACCCGAUUUACAAACAGGAUCAGGGGACGAGCAAGGAUAAAUCGACACCCACGAUGAAGACGGGGGGCAAGCGGGCGAGGCAGAGUUCUUCGGAAUCGUUGAGCCCCGCACCGGAUUUGCCGGUCGUCCUGGUCGCCAAUGACGCUGACGACGAGGACAAGGAGAAAGAGAAAGGCAGGCGGGGGAAUAAACGAGGGAGGAGGAGCGAUCCAGCUGAAGAACGGGCGAAAUCGAACGGGACAGCAGGAACGAGCGGGAGGGGGAGGAGAGGCGGUGGUGAUCAGUCGAUGUCGGUCAGGGGGAGGUCGAGGUCGAACGUCUCAGAGACGCCUUCGGUCUCGAUGAUGACCUCUGGGCAUGGACAAAGCUCUCGAAUCAACAAUCUCAAGGGAAAACAGAGGGAGAGUAGGAUGUCGACCUUAGCAAGUCCAGCACCGGAACAUGGAACGGACAGCUGGGUAUAUCCCGCGCUUUACCCUUACCCGCUUCCGUUGACUUCGAUGGAUCCUUCGAGACAACCCACACCGGUACCGACAGAUUCACGACCCAAAGCUCGGCAUUCUCGAACCUCUUUCACCCCUUCUACGGCAACCGCAACGAAGCCUUCGAACACGAACAAACGGUUCAGCGCGGGAGGAGCGUCUGAUACAGCACAACCCAGUGAUUCUUCCUCGACUCAGAGGUACUACGAACGGAAUCGAAUCAACCCGCCGGCGUAUCUGUCUUUACCUUCCGGGUCGGCUUCGGCGGAUCUGAUCAAUUCGAGGUUUUUUGGGAACGAAUUCGCGUUGCCGUUGUUUGCGGAUCCCGAAGUCGUGGCCGAGUGGAAUGGGCAGGUGCGGGGUAGCAAGAGCGAGGUCGACGAAGACAUGGAAGGAAAGUCGACAGGGUUGCUGGAGCAGUUGCAGGAUGCUCAGGAGUGGACGGAGAUGGUCUAUGAGCGACCCGGGAGGAGCUGGACGGGUGGAACGAAUGUGAGAGGAAAGAGUGUGGGCCCAGAGAAGACUUCGGACCCGGAACUCAUGACGUACGAGGUCAAGAAGGAAGCUAUUGACGAGAGCGAGCAAGAUGAUACAAAGAAGACCGAACCUACGAUACCGGAGCCGGAAGUGGGGCUGAAGAACGCAAUGACGGAAGGUACAGCAGAUGCAGGGGAGGCGGACGAUCCGACCUCGCCGCAGAAGCAGAUGCAGGUGGAUAUUGACAUGGAUCAGGUCGAGGCGGAGGCAGAGGCGGAAAUGGAUGUGGAUAUGCAGUUGAUGGGGGACGAGGGGGACCAAAAGGAUUCGGCGCAUCAGGCCAUUCAGGCAGAGCAAGCCUCAAUCGCCCUGGUUACCGAAGACCUGAACGAGACCGCUUUGGAUGUCCAAAUGGAUGAGCCGGAACCGCUCGACGAGCCCGACGACGUUGUGGUGGCAAAUGAGGACCGGGAGAAGUCGCCGAUGGGGUCUAGGCCGGCUGAAAGGCGGAGCUCGUUGGCGGCGCUCUUGGCUCCUGUUCCCGCGGAGCUGGAUGAUCGGGGAAAUGGCGGUAGGGCCGAACAGAGUGGAGUGCAAGGUACCAUCCAGCCAGACGAGGAGGAAGACCUAGACCCAGAGUUCCGAGGAAUGACUGCCUCAGAGCCGGUGUCACGUGAAGUCGCUACAUCGGUACCUGUCAUGACUAGGCAACAGGCGAUGUCGAUCGAGGUUCCAUCGAGCUCCACGUCGAUCCCCCUGCCAGAGAUAUCCUCGGUCAGACCCAGUCAACCUCGAUCGCCGGAACAACAGGAUGACAGGCGGACGUCUGCACGACGAUCUUCAGGUCGACGUCUACACAGCUCGAGUCCGCGGGAGUCGGGUUCACUACAGUCAAGCAUACCGUUCAUGUUGAACCCUGUCGAUCAGGACGUUCCUCCAUCUCCCAAUGGACAUGGCUCAGGCCUGCCGGGCGCUCUUCCGUCUGCGACGAGCGCCGGGAAUUUUUCUGCUCCCCUCACAUCAGCGUCAUCUGUGCGGCGUACAUCUUUUCCGCAACCGAUGCCUUACCAAAAUCCGAUGCCGGUCAACUUGGAAAGUCAACUCAUCUCCCCUCAAGGCUUCCACAUUGUUCCCAGGACGCCGAGCCAUACCGGUCGGUUCUCUUUGGAAUUACCUUCCACGCCAUUAACUCCUUUAGGACCGUCUCAACGAACAGAAGCGAAACUUGCUCCCCGGUCGCCUACACCGCCUCGAAUGUCUACGGGUCCAGCAGAUCUGCCAUCGGGUCCGUUUAUCGAUCCGUUCCCGCCCGUCUCGUUGCCGACACCGUCACCUUCGGUGUCGAUCGACGAGGCCAAGGAGGAUAUCGAGACGGACGAUAUGCCACAGACCCCGGCUACUUCGCCGAUGGUUGUAGAGCCCAGCAAAGUACCAGAGACCAUGAAAACCCGGAAGAAGCCGAGCGUGGAUCUGGCUCUCGUGACCGUGCCAUCGAGUAGCCGAUCGCGUUCCACCGAAUCCCCUGAGAGACCGACCCGAGCCGGACGGACGACGGCGCGGUCAAAUUCGGUUCGAGGAAGGGGCGCAUCUCGAGGACAUUCUCGCGCUCGAGAUACCUCCUCGGCGAGACGGUCGACCCAGUCUACAGCGUCUUCCACACCACAACGGGUCAAGAGUCCUCCGCCAGUACAGUCCACUCGGCCGCGACCGAAACAGGCAAAGAGAUUGCAGUCGAUCAACGAAGGCGCGACCAACGGCGAGAGUGCGGGCAGCAGCAAGCGUCAGAAUUCGGGUCGGCCGUCCUUGACUACAUUGCCUGGCAACCGAAUUGACAGGCCGAUGCCGCCUGUGAGCAGACAAUCCACCUCGAAUAGCGAUCUUCGGCUAGCUUCACAGUUGUCUUAUGAGGACGACACGACCGAUCAUCAUUCGGCUGUCGGCUCGGAGGAUGAGUUGGCCUUGAAGCCGAAGGAAACGAAGAAGAAGAAACAUUCCCCGCCUCAGCCUGAGCAGCAACAACAACAUCAACAAUCUCAGCCGAGCGGUAGUUCGGGGACAGGCAAGGAUGUCAAGAAGAAGCCUAAGACGCAACCAACGCAACCACCGCCAUCACAACCGAUCGGACCUACGGGGCCUGCCAAGGCUACCCGAAGUACCGAUACGAACCCACCCAAAAGUACCCGACGAAUGACGAGAAGCAAGAGAUGAGAGGGAUACACCUCAAUAUAUAGGCAAACCCUGGUAUACAUUCCUCGCCAACCUUUUACGAACCCCUUAAUGACAUGACAAUCAUGGCCAAAUCUGGCUGCGCGGACCCAUUACGGGUACACAAUUGUAAUACGACAAAACCCCUCUACGACGAUAGAGACAAGACAUCGUUGACUACACGAUGAGAAUAUGCUGGGAUGCAAUCGCGCUGCCAAUGAUCGGGAUUGUAUGAAACCUGACACGAGUGAAUAUCCCGUCC